AUGUCAUCAGCAUCAUUUUUUGAACAAUUGACGAGCAGUGUGUCAAUAUCUAUUGUGUCCAUUAUUUCAGUGGUCACUUUAGCUGUUAUAAUAUUAUUUACAGUUGCUAGUCGAGUUUUCUUUUCUUCAUCAACAAAGCCAAGUUCGUCUUCAAAACAACCUUCAAAUAAAGAUAAGAAAACCAAAGAAGUUAAUACAAAAAAACAACAACAACAACAGGCUGAUACAACAGCAGCUAAUAAAAAGAAGAAUAAUAAUAAAACAAAAAAGAAUGCAGCUGCCACACCACCACCAGCGCCGGUCAAAACUGCUGCUUCAUCAUCUUCAACAAGUUCAUCAUCAGAAGAAAGUGAAAAUGAAAAAGUCGAUCUUAUUACACCAACGAAAAAGGAAAAUAACAAAUCUAACAAUGCUAAUAGUGGACUUAAGACGUCAUCAUCAAAACAACAACAACCACAAGCAUCUGGACGUAAUGAAAAUGUUGAUAUAAUACAAAGUGGUGAUGGCAAAAAGAAACAAACAAAAGCUGUUGAAACGCCUACACCUAACAAACAACAAACAACAAAAAAAGGUGAUGCAACCAAUAAGGUCAAUGCAACGACUUCAAAUAAGAAACAACCAGUAGUAGUUAAUUCUGAAGUUGUGAAACGAACACCAGUUGAUGAUGCAGUUGAUAGUGAUCAUGAAGAUGAAGGUCAAUGGCUUACACAAAGCAAUAAACAAGUUAGUAAUCGUAAUCGUAAUAAACCAAAGACUGAAACAUUAAAGCAAGAAUCACCACCAGCAUCAACAUCAUCAAAUCGUAAGACAACAACAGAAAAACGAACUACACUAACUAAUAAUCCAUCAUCAUUAAUAAAUAAAAAUGAAUCUGAUGUUGAAACAACAGUAACAUCAAAUACACCUGUUCAACCACCACCAACCCAAGAACCUAUUGAAAUUUGUCAAUUAUUACCAACAAGUGAAAAUCGUUAUACAGCUAAUGAUGAUUGGUGGAAACAAGCAUUAAAUAAACAACAAACAUUUUCUAUUGAUGAUAUUGGUGAAUGGCCUGAACGUGAACAAGAUGAACAAUAUAUUGUUCAAGUUAAACGUAUUAUACCAAUUAAAACAGCAUUAAGUGAAAAAGAUAUUAAUGUUGAUGAAAAUGAUUCGAUUAAUAAUUAUAAACAUGGAAAAAAUGAUGAAAAAUUAAAUUUUAAUGAACAGGUUAAUUCAUCAUCGGUUGUUACAGGUGAAUCUACCACAACAUCUCAGUCGAAAAAGAAAGCAACAAAUGUACGUCGACUUUCUUAA